AUGUGGACCCUGAGGCCCGGCGAGGUGCGAGGACCUCCCCCGGCCCAGGGCCUGAACCAAAACCCUCCGAGGAGACAGCGGCAGGAGCGCACGGUCUACACUCGCAGCCAGCAGGAAGAGCUGGAAGCUUGCUUUCGGGAAAAGCAGUACCUGAGCUUUGACGAGCGACAGGAGCUGGCGCAGAAACUCAACCUCAGGGAGCACCAGCUGCAGGUGUGGUUCAAGAAUCGACGCGCCAAACUAGCCCGGGAGCAGCUCAAGAAGCAUCCCCAGAGCGGCCCACGGCGGAGAGGCCGAGGCCGCGGAGCCCGGGCUGCACCCCCAGUCCCUGCAGCAGCUGCCUCCGCCCCUGGGGGGCCUCAGUUCCCGCAGGGCUGGGGUUCCUGGAUGUCCCCUCAGCCGGGCCCCUCGGGAAUCCUCCCAGCAGCAAAACCCACGACCUACAGCCUCCACCAGGCCUGGGGGGGUCCUGAGGGCGGUGCACACGGUGGCUUCCUGGCUGCCCUGGGUCCAGGCCCCGGCCCGACCCCAGCCCCAUUCCCUGGCCCAGCCCAGGUGCCAGGCCCGCACGUCUCUACACGAACUCACCAGUGGGGCAGCCCCACUGUGGCCACCUCCAACCCGGUCCUUGUCCUUAUUUCUCAGGAGAUUCACAGCUCGCAGGUCAGCCCACCUCAGGACCACGAGCAGAGGCUCCCCGAUGAGGCCACGGGAGAAGUGUUCUGGGUGAUGAGCAAUUAA